UAGACUUUUUCCUCUUACCCUAUUAUCCACUCCAUGACCACAUGAAAGGCGUGCCAUUUAGCUGGACAGCCAAUCAGAGCUCAGCUGUUUGAAUUUAUGCCAGGGAUUUUUGGCUUGCAAGACUUAAGUUGUGGUGACAAAAGCCAGUUUUUUCAAUCCUUAAAAAAACACUAGCGAGACAAGAUGCCCUAUACGCCCUCUGGUUUCUUUUGCGACCGGUUAAUCCGGGAGAGAGAGAGAAGGGAUGGAGAAGGAUCACUGAGCAAACCCAUCCGCUUCAGCGGUCAGGACUACAACACCCUCAGGCAGGAGUAUGUCCAGAAGAAGACCCUUUUUGAGGAUGAUACCUUCCCUGCCACUGUGGACUCCCUUGGCUACAAAGAGCUGGGCCACAAAUCCAACAAAGUUAAGAACAUCAUCUGGAAGCGGCCCAAGGAGAUAUGUGAAAACCCACAGUUCAUUGUCGGAGGUGCUAGCAGGACAGAUAUCUGCCAGGGAGACCUGGGUGACUGCUGGUUGCUUGCAGCUAUUGCGUGCCUGACUCUAAAUGAGAAGCUGCUAUAUCGUGUUGUUCCUCAAGAACAGAGCUUCUCUGAUGGCUAUGCUGGAAUUUUCCAUUUCCAAUUCUGGCGUUAUGGAGAUUGGGUGGAUGUUGUCGUUGAUGACCGUAUUCCCACAUUUAACAACCAGCUGGUGUUCACCAAGUCUGCUGAGAGGAAUGAAUUCUGGAGCGCUCUCCUGGAAAAAGCUUAUGCCAAGCUUCAUGGUUCCUACGAGGCUCUUAAGGGUGGGAACACUGCUGAGGGAAUGGAGGACUUUACUGGAGGGGUCACUGAAUUCUAUGAGAUGAAGGAAGCUCCCAAAGAGCUGUAUAAGAUCAUGAUGAAAGCUCUGGAGAGAGGAUCCCUCAUGGGCUGCUCCAUUGAUUCCCUGGUUCCAGCCCGUUUUGAAACCCGUACUGCAACAGGUCUUGUGAAAGGACAUGCCUACUCUGUGACAGCUGUAGAGGAGUGUAAACAGUCCCAGCAGAAGGAGUCUAAAGUACGUCUGGUGCGUCUGCGGAACCCCUGGGGUCAAGUGGAAUGGAACGGAUCUUGGAGUGAUAAUUCAAAAGAAUGGGAAACCAUCUCUAAAGUUGAAAAAGAGAAACUCCAGCUACAGAAUGCAGAAGAUGGAGAAUUCUGGAUGUCAUUUGAGGACUUCAAGAAAAAUUACACCAAGAUUGAGAUUUGCAAUCUGACCCCUGAUGCUCUGGAAGAUGAUAAGUUACACAAGUGGACGGUGUCUGUUAAUGAGGGACGCUGGGUAAGAGGCUGCUCUGCUGGAGGUUGCAGGAAUUAUCCAGACACAUUCUGGACAAACCCACAAUACCGCCUGCGUCUCCUGGAGGAAGAUGACGACCCAGAGGAUGAUGAAGUGGCCUGCACUUUUGUUGUUGCUCUGAUGCAGAAAAACAGACGUAGAGAACGCAAGUUGGGUGCAAAUCUCUUCACUAUUGGAUUUUCUAUCUAUGAGGUGCCAAAGGAGAUGCAUGGAAACAAGCAGCACAUGCAGAAGGAGUUCUUUAUGUCUAACUCCUCUAAGGCUCGUUCCAGGGCCUAUAUUAACCUGCGAGAGGUGACCCAGCGUUUCCGUCUGAGUCCUGGCGAGUAUGUCAUCAUUCCCUCCACCUACGAACCCCACCAGGAGGGCGAGUUCAUCCUCCGAAUCUUCUCUGAAAAGAGGAACACCUCUGAGGAGAUAGAGAACAGGAUUGAGGCUGAUCAUCCAGUGCCGGCUCCAGCUUCCACUGGCGAAGAGAGCGAGGAGGACCAGCAGUUCCUGUCCAUUUUCCAGCAGAUCGCGGGGGACGUGAGUACUGGGGAGCCAGUGAGCGCUGGGGGGAGUCAAAUGGAGAUCUCGGCCAGUGAGCUCAGAGAUGUCUUGAACAAGGUGGUGUCUAAAUACAAGGACAUUCCCACUGAGGGCUUCAGUCGAGAGAACUGUAGAAGUAUGAUUGCCCUAAUGGACAUGGAUGGAACAGGCAGACUUAACCUUCAAGAGUUCAGACACUUGUGGAACAAAAUCAAACAGUGGCAGGAAAUCUUUAAGCGCUAUGACUUUGAUCAUACUAGCACAAUCAGUAGCUAUGAGAUGAGGAAUGCCAUCAACGAUGCAGGGUUCCGUCUGAAUAACCAGCUGUAUGACAUCAUCACCUUGCGCUAUGCCAAUGAAAAUAUGAACGUCGACUUCGACAGUUUCAUCAGCUGUCUUGUGCGACUGGAGGGGAUGUUCAGAGCAUUCCAGGCCUUUGAUCAAGUUGGAGAUGGAACCAUCAGACUUAAUGUACUGGAGUGGCUCCAGCUAACCAUGUAUGCAUAGACCAGCUUCGGAUCCAGGAGAAACUGACCUCUGCAAGGACCAGAACUACCAGCUCUUACCUCAACACUCAAUGUGCCAGACUACUGUUAUCUCUUUCUCUGUACCUCAGCCCACAUUCACCACUAGCUCUACACAACACAACUAUCUCAAACCUUAAACAUGAUUACUCCAUUUAAAAUUUGUUGGGGGUUGCAAGAUGGGUGAAACCAACGCGGUUGAUUGCAAGACCAACAUCACUUUUUAAAGUCAGGUUGUGGAGGAAAAAUAUUCAGGGGUGUUGUACACAAGGGAACAUGAUUUUCAGCAUGCUUUCCAGUAUCCUGUCUUAAUUUGUUCCUCAUAUUCUACCAUUCCUUUUAAAAUGGACAUUCAAUCCCAAAGUUUUUGUGAACCUAAUACUCCUGUAUAUUAGGAAUAUAUGUCUUGGGUAGCACUGAUCCAUUCAUUUACCUUUAUCUACUAUCCAGUUCUCAGUUUUGCCUAAGAUUAGGUUGGUAAUCCUGACGGUCCACCUAGCAUUGGCUUAGUUUAGCAUUUCCUCUUCAUCUUUCCUUCUUGCUCGGUGGCAUCUGUUCAGGCAUAAAACACAUGGAAUCUCUUUUUGCAGAAAAAAAUACAGUGCGUCAGAGACAACUUUUCUGAAUCACUUUCCUUGAAAAAUAUUUUCUUUGCAUCUUUUCUCAGACAAGAUCUAUUUGCAUCCCAACUUCCCAUUUUGAUUUAGUAAUAACCAAAUCCAUAAAAACCCAAGAACACAAGUGGACCCUGUAGAUGGUUCUGUCACAUUAGCAAAUUGUUUUCAAGCUGUUCAGCUGUCUCAGUAUAAACUCCUCAUUCUUGUUUCAAAUCCUGGAUGUUUCUAUAGACAUGUUACAAUUUUGUUUUGAAGUUAACAUGAUAGGAAAUGCGAAACAAGAAGAGCCAAGUGAGGAAGGAGAAUCAUCAUUUACCACUGGAGGAGAAUGAUCAGGAAAUCAGCACAGAACUAAUGACUGCCAGAUGGAUUACAGUGUUCAGGGUCUUCAUAUACUGUGGGGCUUAGACAUGGGUUGAACUUGGCCCUUUGUUGUGCUUGCCCCAUUUAAUCUUUUGUUUAAAUGAGUGUACUGACUUCCGUUUAACCAAAUAAAUAAUUAUGUAGUUAUUGGUUGAAGUGCUUUCCAUUAAAAAAAAAAAAAGUUUGAGGUUUUUUGUUUUGUUUUUGGCAAAGGGUCAGUGAAAAGAGGUGCUUAAGCCUCAGAAAAUGCUGUCUGUCUACUUUAGGAUGUCAAAUGAAAUAUGAGCAAUUUCCUAUUAAUUUAAU